AGUUGAUCGAGGCUCGACCAUGAAUGAUGGUCUUCUCGAGAAAUUUCUUGCAUGCUAAGCCUUUGAGCAUGCAUCCUUGUUUUCCUCAACACUUAAUCGCGAGGAUCACCCACGCACCGUGUGAUAUAGAAAUUUUACCAUGAAAUCGUACCGACAUACGUGCAUACACAUGAAAAAAUGGCCAAUAUCAACAUGUUAAUGAGAGAGGCUGGUUUUGGUUCCUCCUCCUCCUGGGAAGCCUCUGCUUGUCCGCAGAUGAGCUCUGCUUCGUACCCCUACACGCGCCGUUUGUCUCGAGAGGAUUCGGAGAAAAAACUGGGUUUUCAACGAACACGUGUUGGACCGAUUACUACCCACGAAAAUUCUAAGGAAGAGGGAUCAUGUAGCUUUGCGAUCUCGCCGUCACUUUCACAUGGAGCAUUACGGAGUGGUAGCGUCGCGAGGCUUAUCGCACCGCUUCUGCUGACGAUUCUACUGGUGCUGAGUCUUGCCCUCGUGGACAAUGAUGCAUCAGGGACUGCGACUAAAGAGACGGCAAUAUCUAGGAGGGGUAAUCAGAAGGUACUCGAGACGGAAGGUCGGUCACUUGCGAGUCUUUAUCUUCAGGGAGCUCGAUCUACGACAAAGCGACCUUCGAUUUCGUCUCAGCAUCUCGACGCGGACAAUGUCGUCGUUGUGAACGACUUGUAUUCCAUGAUGCGAAGCAAUGUAUUGGAGGUGGAGGACCAGCUAGCGGAAGCGCAUAACAAAGCCCAAGCGGAAUCUUCACGACCGCGCUCACUCGCCGAGUUGUAUGCGAGUGGGACGACUUCCAACGCAGUGGAGGAUCAGGAAAAUGAAGGUUACCCGAAAAUAGAGAAUUCGAUGUCGUACGCAGCCACGCAGGUAGCAGAUACUGAUACUGUUGGUGCUGAAGACGGGAAAGGGAUUGAUGUUGAAAAAAGGAUCGACGACACCAUUGUCCAGACAAGUGGUACAACAACUGCUCCACGCAAGAAGAAGAACGACCCUGAAGUGUCGAUGAUCGCCGAAACCGUUUCUGUCGUUAUCAUCGCGCACGGGGAGCACGCGUACAUCAAUCGCACUGUUCUUUCUGUGGUGGAAAGGACGCCGGCAACCCUGCUCGCUGACAUCAUUGUCGUGGACGAUUCGAGCGACCCACCACUCGAUAUACAAGCUCUGGAAGAAGCGACCACCGUGAAGAAGACAAAAGCGGCAGUGGAUGAAAAAAGAUCGUCGUGGAAACUGCAGGUGUUGCGCAAUUCGUUCCGAGAGGGACUGACAAGAGCGAAAAUACAAGGAGCAGCUGCAGCUUCUGGAGAUGUCUUGUUUUUUCUAGAUGCGCACGUGGCUAUGGGAGAAAACUGGCAUGCGCCUAUUUUCGCUUAUGACCACUUUUACCUGCGUUAGUACUUGGAUCUGCAUACUCGUUCUUGUUUAUAAUGGAGAAAAUUCAACUAAGGACUGCAAAAAUCCGGACAAAGUUCAAUCCUUCCGGGCAUGACGCGAAUCCGCAGAACACUCGCCGCCCACUGCGCUCCCUCCUGGAAAACCCUCACCCAGUUGCGAGCCAAGAACCUCGGGCACCCUCCAAAUCCCCGCGCCCCUCCAGAAUCCCCCAGCACACAUUUGCAGGCUGGAGCGGUGGACUCUAGAGGGGCGCGGGGAAACACAUGAAACGAAACAAAAAGACAGAAAAACCAAGAGGAAGCAAGUGGCAAAAGCCGCUAAGCGGAGCACUUCCAGGACGAGGAGGCGGCAAUAAAGGCCGUUUUUGUGCAGUUCUUAGUUGACUUAGCGCCAAUGUAAUUGCAAGCCGUCUUUUCACGCGGAUACAGAGACGACUCCGAAGUGGAAUGCACAUCCAUGAGCUUCGUGACGUGAGUCCCCUAGAAACACGGAAUAGUAGCGCCACGUCUAAGCAAAGCACAUUCGACAGAACUACAGGCGUGUGGUACAGCCUUUCGUUGCGCAGUUGCGGGAAGAGGACUGGACUAUCGAUUUCUCGGCGAUCGGAGCUAAAAUGAUGUUCGACUGGCGUUUACAUUCUGAUUGGUUCGACGACUUUAAAAUGGGUACAAGGACUGAGCAAGUAUCUCACGAAGGAGAAGUGAACGAACAUGAACAGAACACUAGUACAUCUUCAAGUAGGAUGAAAAUGAGAAAUUCACACUCACAGGGCGAAGAAAAUAUUGAUAUACUAGAACAACAAGUGGACGCUAACGCUAUCGCUCUAGAAGGAGCUGAGCUGAUUAACGAUGAUGAAGAGCAGGAUUCCAUUCCGAUUUUGUCUGGUGGCAUCUUUGGGAUCUCUCGGGAGUGGUGGCACGAGAGCGGCGCCUACGAUCCAGGCCUGCACUCAUGGGGAAGCGAGCACAUCGAACAGUCUCUGCGUCUUUGGCUCUGUGGGGGCGAAAUUGUGCUCGCACGUAAAGCGGUUGUUAUGAUGUUUUAUUCCUUUGCCACCUCUAGGAGUACAACGAAGGUUUGUGUCGUCGGUGGAAUUUCUUGAAAGAAUACAUAGAAGUAUGUAGUACCUGAAAGUACUACCAUCUACGGCAUGAUCUUGUUUUCGAACAUGAUACUAGGAGUUUCUCUAACUUUUUUGGUCAUCUGUUUCGUAGUAAGUGGCCUUACUUCGUGAACAAAACGGAGAUGUUGUUGAAUCGCGUCCGCGUAGUCGAGACGUGGUUUGGGGGCAGAAAUAACGACUUCUUUCGUCGACUCUUUUAUACCGUGAACAAGAACAUUACGACGACUGGUAGUGAUACCGAUUCACAACAUCCGCCGCAACAUUCGUGGAGCAAUCUUCGCAAUCAGAUUGGGGAUCUCACGGACCGUUUGUUGCUGCAGGAGCGUCUCCAAUGUGGUAGGUUCGACAGUUUUGUAGACCGCUUCCGUCCUAUUUUGGAGCAGAAAGGGAUGGUCCCGCGCCAGAGCUUUCUCAUACGCCUAGUUGUUGGAGACGCCACUAGGACACUCGCACUGAUAGCCCUGCUAAGCUCUAAACAACUCGAGAACACAUCGCGCAGCAGAAGUGUGUGUCUUGCCCUUGCGGUUGUCCCACCGACCUCGUCCAGUAGCGAUGAUAAGGAGAGUGCGAACCGACUAGAUUUUCAGUGGGACGCUCAGAAGAACGCUAGCUUUAGAACGUUGACGAGCAGCAUUGCAAGAGCAGAACGAUUUCAAGAACUCCAAUUGUUAAGACCCAGUCUGAAAAUUGUGUUUCUUUUUUUGAUCUUGAUGACCUCAAUUUGCACUCGUAGGUAUCCGUUCAACGAUCAAGAGCAGAACCUGUAUCAACAUGACUAGGAGGACUCCUCUAAGAGAAGGCGUUCGCGUCUGUGACACCCAGGAUGCAGAACAACGGUUCAUGUGGCAGUACUGGGGAAAUCACCUGGAGAGUCUUGGGGUCAAGGGUUAUUGCCUAAGAGGCCAUCCUCAAUUAUGGGGGGCUCGUCCCUGCUCAACAACAGUGCAAUAUUUACCGUGGAGGUGAAACCGCGGCGGUAGGUAAUCGUGAGAGUCCGUACUGGCGGUUCAUGUCAAACUAAGUAUUGUCUCUAUGAUUUCACAGUAAUGCGAUAUUAAAGUAUAUUUGUUGAUGUUGAAGUUUAACCACUUAGAUCUUACGUACAAAUACAUCUACAACUACAAAUACAUCAAGCAUUCGCUAAAAAGAUUCGACGAGGAUGCUAAUCGUCUGCCAAUAGCCCCAUGCGUGUGGAAUCACGCUGAACAAAAAUACGCAGUACGCUUGACGUCAAAGGGCCACAUGCUCUUUGUUCACCGCAGUGACUCUUAUGAGGGGCGAUCAUAUAUCAACGAAUAUGUUAGUCUUAGAACAAACUUCUAAUUUUGGUAUCGGUUCAUUUGCUUUAUUUUCCAUUCUUUUCGUUUCGUGGUUGGAGGUAUUGAUCGUCAUCUACGUUUCUUUUACUGGUGCCUAUUCAUUGAGUCCGACGUGAUGAGCAGAGUGGAAAGUCUGAACAUCAUGUAGGAGCGAGCAACUGAUGAACCACAGCACCACCACCGAAUCAAUCAUGUUUCUAUAACAAGGAUGACAAUUAUUAUUUCUAAGGCUCGUCUCCGGGAGCUUACCCUCACAGCAAAAAUCUGCAUCUGAGUCCGCCAGCAACUACGAGGACAUGCCUCGACGCUUUCCGCGUCAAUUUAAUGCUCCCUGCGGCUAAGGAGGAGUGGCGAUUGCGCGCAUCGCAGACCCAAUGUGCGAGUGUUGCGACGUUCGGAUUUAGGGAGGAAAUCUGAAGACUGACACAUUCAAAGCAUGGCCAUGGGCUCCUUAUUUUUCUUGGUGCUGUACCUGUAUCAAAGAGGUAGAAAGACUGGUUUGCCACACUUGAUAUUGAUGCCAAAGGCUCACUCGAUUAUGAAAACAGAGUAAGUAUGAUAUUCAUAACGUGGAUUGCAUGAAACGCUGCAGCUCUCUGUGUGUCUGUAAAAAACGCAACAAUUAUUCUGCAGCCAACUACAACACCCAAAAGGAAAGUAGAGACGAAAACCUCCUGCCCAGUGUCCUGCAAUCAAGAGAUAUUGACACGAAGGUAAGAGACUGAGUCACAAUGGAUUUCGUUUGAUGUGUUCUCUCGGAC